UAGCACAAACUAGACUUAAGUAAAACAACUCUUUUUCCAUGGUAUCGGCUACACGAAGAAGGACACAGCUUAGUGUUUUGCUGGUCUCCUCAGUGAGAGGCUUGAGAACUCUGGGGAAAGAACUCUGGCUGGCUAGUGCAUUCUGAUAGAUCACUCAUUGUGCUGCUGCAGAACCCAAGGAGCAGACUUCUUGGUGAAGGAACGCUAGUGGAAAAUUCCCAAGCAUGGAUCCCACCACCCCAGCCUGGAGCACUGACAACACAACAGUGAACGAAACUUACUACACUGAAAACUUACCCUGUGUUGACCCCAUACCCAUUAUCCUGUAUAUUCUUAAAGCUGGCAUUGCCAUGGUUGGGCUGGUAGGAAAUGCCGUGGUGCUAUGGCUUCUGAGCUUCCACAUACAAAGGAAUGCCUUCUCUGUCUAUGUCCUCAACCUGGCUGGGACUGACUUCCUCUUCCUCAGCUUUCAGACUGUGUAUUCCCUGGAAUAUAUCCUUCCCCAUUUCUAUGACAUCUACUUCGAUAUUCCCAUCUAUCUCAUCAAUGCAUGCAUCUUUGCUUACCUUGCUGGUAUGUGUAUUAUUGCAGCCAUCAGUGUUGAGCGAUGUCUGUCUGUUUUGUGGCCCAUCUGGUAUCACUGCCAGCGACCAAGACACUUAUCAUCUGUCAUGUGUGCCCUGCUCUGGGCCUUCUCUCUACUGUUCAGCCUCCUGUUAGGGCAUGAGUGCGGCUUACUAGUUAUUGGCUAUUAUGACCAUUCUUUGUGUAGGAGUUUAAAUUUUAUCACUGCUGCGUUUGUGAUAGUAUUAUCUGUAGUUCUUUGUGGAUCCAGCCUGACCCUGUUGUUCAGGAUCUUCUGUGGCUCCCGAAGAAUUCCUGUGACCAGGUUGUGUGUGACACUUACCCUCACGGUGCUGCUCUUUAUAUUCGUUGGUCUGCCCUUUGGUAUCUAUUGGUUCCUCUUAGACUGGAUUGAGGAGUUGCGUAAAGUUCUCCCUUGCCAUACUAGAGAAAUGACAAAAUUUCUAUCCUGCAUUAACAGCUGUGCCAACCCCAUCGUUUACUUCCUUGUUGGCUCCGUUAGGCACCGCAGGCUCCAGAGGCAGACUCUGAAGAUUCUACUGCAGAGAGCCCUGCAGGACACUCCUGAGGAAGAAGGUGAAGAAAGGGAUUCUUCAACAAAUCCUGGAGAACAGGAAACAGUCUGGUGUAGUAGUUGAGUGAGUCCUUGAUAGCACACAGUUGUUUUGAGAAUCAACAUGGUCUCCAUUUAGAUGGGUCAUUUUCACAACCUUGUUCAAUUGGUUGAGAAAACAGUCAUUUUGUAGAAAUAGGGUGAAAUGGGGCUUGUUAAACAGAAACUGACUACGGCAUCCUAAAACUUCCUUAUGUGGACUCACUGCAUCUGCUUGUGAUGUAACCUUUGUAACCAAAUCGCUUGAGGCCAGGACAACUCCCACUGUAAACAAAUCCUUCCCUCCAAAGAAGCCCCCAAGCAGUGCAGGGAAGGUCAGGAUUUCUUCGGUCAUUGAACUUGAUAAAUAUUAAAUGAAUAUUAUAUUCUAUAGAAAUGUCCCUAUUUUCCACAAGUUGUUUUCUAAAUGUUAAGAGAAAUUAAUUGAAAUUCCCACAAUCCCAGUUUCCUUCAUGAAUAUUGAAGCUUGGUAUGACUGCUUAAUUGCUUCCUUCCCUUGGCAAUUUGAACAGUAUUUUCUGGAACCAUGGAAGCCUUACCACAGGAAAGAAAUUACAUCAAGCUCAGAUCAUCUGAGUCCUUUGUCCUAAAUGUAAAGUGUGUUCAGCAAUAGGGGUGUACCCUCAUCCACUAGGAAAUGACCACUGAUUACAUAUAUGAUCCAUACUGUUUUGGAAGUCACAAGGACUACACUGACUAACCAUUCAAAAGAAGGCUUCUCAUGCCAGGAACUGGUUCUGUGGGGAUUUUUGUCAAGACAAAUUGCUUAACUUCCUUUAAGAUAUGUAUGUGUGGAGAUAGAUAGA